AUGUCCUCAAACCUCGUAGACACCGUCCCAGGCGGCGAAGACACGCCCUACGAGCAAGACAACUCAGACGUGAAAGCGCACGCCAAACAAGCUGGCCAGCUAGGCGACCCCGCAACCGGCACAACCACCAACCCACACACUUCCGCGUCCAACGCACCCAACACGCAAGGCGUCACGCCGGCCGAGAAGAUUAGAUACGGGCAAUCGAUACAGGAGGGUGGUGCUGGGGGGAAGACGGGGACUGUUAGUGGGGAGGUGAGACAAGGUACGUUGUUUGCAUUUUUUUUGUUGGGUGCGAUGGGCGAAUAG